AUGGCUCAAGCUGCGACCAACCACCCUCCUGUGCCACGUGAUUUGGCCAUACUCAAUGCGAACCGCGACAUUCUCCCGGGGCCGGGGCUGCUGCAUGAGCUCAUCGCAGUUACACCCGAACAAGAGGUGAUUCUCGACUUCCUGACCGCAGACGGGUCCCGAAUCCAGCUCACCUACCAAGAAUUUAGCAGUCUCACCGAUCUACUGUCAGUCGAUCUACGAGCACAGUGCCCUCAAAGUCGAGGGAACGUCAUACCAGUCCUCAUACCACAAUGUCCCGAGCUGUACAUAGCUUGGGUCGCGGUUCUGAAGGCUGGCGCAGCCUUCUGUCCAGUUGCUCAGGAUGUCCCUGUGGAGAGAUUGAAGUUCAUUCUCAAAGACGUCAAUGCGUUAUUGGUCCUGACUAUCUCGCAGACGUCGCCACAGGUCCGCAGUGCUGUGAGAGAUCUAGCGUGCUUAAACAUAUCACUCGAAGACUUGCGCCAGAGAGCGAAGUCUCGCGACCACGAGGAAGCUGACGCACACCAGUAUCCCCAAGCAGACCCAGGUGGUCCUGCUUAUGUCAUGUACACUUCAGGCUCGACAGGACUACCGAAAGGUGUCAUGGUCUCCCAUUUUUCAGUAUCUCAAUCUUUAUUAGCGCACGAUGAGCAUAUUCCCCACUUCAAGAGGUUUCUUCAGUUCGCUUCGCCAACCUUUGAUGUAUCAAUCUUCGAGGUUUUCUUUCCAUUCUUCCGAGGCGCGACCUUGGUCGGCUGCGAGCGUGAACGUAUGCUGAGCGAUCUCCCAGCCACGAUUCAAUGUCUUGAUGCGGAUGCUGCUGAAUUAACUCCAACUGUAGCCGGGACGCUUCUACAAACAAGGCAAGCAGCGCCUUGCUUGAAAACGCUGCUGACCAUUGGAGAAAUGCUCACCUCGAAGGUAGUGUCGGAGUUUGGGGGCAAUUCUGACAGACCAAGCAUGCUCUACGCCAUGUAUGGACCGACGGAGGCUGCCAUUCAUUGCACGCUCGCGUCCAAGCUUUCUUCGGCAGCAUCUAUCCGGAGCAUUGGACGCCCUUUGAGGACAGUGACAACAUAUAUACUGGACGAAAUCCACCGUAGUGUUGUUGCUUCAAUUGGGGAACCAGGUGAGCUUGCCGUUGCAGGCCAACUUGCGGACGGAUACCUCAACAGACCCGACCACAACGAGGACGCCUUCGUCGACCUUCCAGGAUAUGGUCCAAUCUACAAAACUGGAGAUCGAGCCGUAUGCCUUCAAGAUGGCACUCUCGAGAUCCUGGGUCGGAUAAGUUCUGGGCAGGUGAAGAUCAGAGGCCAAAGAGUCGAGCUGGGUGAGAUCGAGGAAGUCGCGUCAAAGACCAAUGGAGUCCGACUCGCUAUUGCACUUGUCGUCGCCGAUGCCCUAGUAUUGUUUUGUGCCGCACAGGUAGGCGUCCACGCCAAAGACGUGUCCGCAAUAUGUAAAGCUUGGCUACCUCCCUAUAUGCGGCCUACAAAAGUCACUGUGAGAAGGGAUUUGCCUAGACUACCAUCAGGAAAGGUCGACCGUAAGGCUCUGGAGCGAGACUUCCGAGAGUCAGCUCAGGAACUUCAGCAAGUGCAGGGGUUUCAAAGCCAAAUCGAAGCCGACGUUGCGGAGGUACUACGGCAAGAAAUUGCCAGACAAGUUGGCAGAUCGACUGCUUUUUGGUCUUUGGGACUUGAUUCUUUGCAGAGCAUCAAAAUUGCUUCACGUCUUCGCCAGACCUACAGACAAUUAAACGCUGCAAUGGUGGUAGAAGCUGAAAACGUCGCCCACCUGGCAACAAUGAUCAGCGAGCAGGAAAGCAAGACAGUGUACGACGAUUCUGAUUCUUACGAGACUACAGAGGAGUGGAAUGCUCUCCAAAGAGCACUUUCGGAGGGUGUUCAAGUCUCGGAGUUGGUGCAAGACUGGGAACGAUUCCAGCCUUGUAGUCCCAUGCAAGUGGCAAUGCUGGUCGAGACUGCCACGAACGAGAAGUUGAAUUUCAACCAUAUCUGGGUCAGCCUCUCAUCUAACAACACUUUCGAGGGUCUUGUUGGGGCAUUCCAAAAAGUUGCAGAGCGCAACGAGAUUUUAAGGUCAGGGUUCAUUUCUACCGGCGACAGCAAGAUGCCAUUUGUGCAAAUAGUGUGGAAAGACCUGAAAAUGAAUGGAUUGAGCCUUCUUCACCCUCUACAGCUCGUAAAACCUGAUGGUGGGGAUGGCCAAGUUCUCAUACGCAUACAUCAUGCUCUGUAUGAUGGCUGGUCGUGGGAUCUGAUCGUCGAGGAUCUCAACACGGUCUUGAACUCAAAGCCGUUGCCCGAAAGACCACAAUUUUUGCAGCUGAUCUCUUACCAACAUCGGCAGACACUUGGUUCAGAAGAAAUUGCUUACUGGUGCACUCUACUCCGGGAUUUUGUACCCUCAGGCUUUCCAGUGUUGUCGGCUUCUUCGUCACAGACAUGCUGUAAUGCUUCCAUUACUACCUCCUUUUCGACUUCUUAUCAGCAUCUUUCAAGAACAGCCACGAAGCUCCAUUGUAGCCGAGAAGCCUUGUUUGAAGCAGCUUGGGCGUUCUUGUUGUCCUAUUAUGUCGAUGAUCCUGACGUUGUUGUCGGAGUGAUCUCUGGUGGUAGACAUGCCCCGAUACUAGGCAUUGAAUCUAUCAUUGGUCCUUGCUUGUCAACAUUUCCGCUACGUCUCCAAUUGGGGAGUCUGAGAACGGUACGAGAUACGGUAAACGUCGUUCAGAAACAGCGCCUUCGAACUCGAGUGUCUGCUGCCUCAGCCCUUCGAGAUAUCCAUAGGGCGGCUGCUGUAGACUCUGGAACUAAAUUGUUCGAUACUUUGUGUGUGUGGCAGCAAGGUUAUGAGCGCAAAUGUCCUGACCAGCUCCACGUUCGCACCAUUGGGACGCAGGAUGUCUUGGAUUACACCAUCAUCCUGGAGUUCGAGCCCCUUGACGAGGUCAUCUCAUUAAAAAUGACCUUCGACGCGAACCGAGUCCCAAAGUCGCACGCUAAUAUCUUAGCUGCUCAACUAGACCAGAUUGUCUCUCAAAUGGUGCAAGACCCUGACAUUGAACUGAAACGUCUGUGGGAGGGCUGUGAACUGGAAUUGAUGUCACUCGCGAACACCGAAUACAACAAGUUUGGUUCAUGCUUUGACCUGACAACCUCGAUCAGGGAUGUCGUUAGGACAGACCCACAGAGGUCAGCAGUUGAAUACGUGCGCCAUUUUGACGCCGACACUGGCAGUGUAGAGAAGGAAACUCUUUCCUAUCACGAGCUACUCACUCAGGCCGAAGGACUCGGGUAUGAGUUGAGGACUUCCUAUGGAGUCCGACCAGAUGAUAUUGUCUGUGUGAUCGCGCCUAGAUCACUACAUCUAUACGUCGUCCUCCUUGGCAUCAUUAUCGCCGGAGCAGGUUACAUGUGCAUCGAUCCGCAAACUCCGCCAGAGAGGCUCCGACAAAUAUUGCAGCUCUCUAAAAGCUGCUUGGUUCUUUUAGGCGACGACGUCCGCGCAGUUUCGACGCAAGACUGGCGGUCAGCAUUAAUUCGCGAGAUUCUCAAGACGACGGUGGAUCCAAAACAGGUAGUUGAGAUGCUCGAAGUGACAAAUGAUCAUCUUGCCUACGCAGUCUUCACUUCUGGAAGUACUGGGGUUCCGAAGGGCGUUCUUCUCACUCGCAAGAAUCUCCUUAGCAAUCUCGAUGAACUGUCGCAGAUUUAUCCCUCUGCCCCGGGCAAAGAUCGACUCUUGCAGUCGUGUUCUCCUGCCUUUGACGUUUCCGUGUUCGAGAUUUUCUGGACCUGGCAUACGGGAAUGACUUUGUGCACGGCACCAAAUGAUAUUUUGUUCAAAGACCUACCACGUUUAAUCUGCAGCUUGGACAUUACUCACCUUAGCAUGACGCCUUCGGUUGCCGCACUCGUCCACCCAGACGCGGUUCCCACAGUCAAGAUGCUAGUGACUGCUGGAGAGCCAAUGAAUUCCAAAGUCUUCGGAGACUGGGCUGGACGCGGUCUCUAUCAAGGGUAUGGCCCCAGCGAGACGACAAAUAUCUGUAAUGUGCGAACAGAAGUAUCGCGGUUGGACUUGGCUUACAAUGUUGGUCCUCCGUUACCAAACACAUCUGUCUUCGUCUGUCACAGACGGGCAUCUAAGUCAAGCUCAUCCGUUAACAACGCUACAAACAAGCUCUCUUUGGAAUUUCAAUUGGUCCCAGUGGGCGCCGUGGGUGAGAUUUGGUUAGGCGGAGAGCAGGUUGCUCGUGGGUACCUCGAUCCUGAAUUGACAGCUAACAGCUUUUUCGAGCAUCCGAGCUUCGGACGACUGUAUCGAUCUGGAGAUAUUGGCAGGCUACUUGCCGAUGGAACGUUGAACAUCUUAGGUCGAGAGGAUGACCAAGUCAAAUUAAGAGGUCAGCGUAUCGAGCUGGGGGACAUUAAUUCAUCAUUGCUGAGGAACAGCGAGGUUAGAGAUGCUGUUUCCCUGGUUAUUGCAAGAGAGACAGGGACUUCCAGCCUCGUCGGCUUCUGGGCCUCUCGCUCUUCGAUUCAGCCAGAUGAUGCUAUAAAGACGACCCGACAUCUUUUCGAACACCUUGCAAGCGCAAUUCCAACAUAUAUGGUACCUGAUGUCCUCGUUCACCUUGAGGAGAUUCCCUUGACAAGGCAGGGAAAGGUUGAUCGGAAAUUGCUGAUGCAACUGUACUUCGACAUCGACCCUGAACACUUACAAAUGAUUUCUCGAGAUAGCGGCGGCCCUGCAGACAUGACUGAAUUCUCUGAAUCAGAAAGCCAAAUUGCUGAUGCUGUAUCGUCAGCUCUCAACAUUUCCAUCUCCUCCAUUCGACGCAAUACGUCAUUCUACGGUCUAGGAAUGGACUCAAUCAGUGCGAUCAAGGUAGCUCGAAACCUCAGACCUCAUUUCCCAGACGUGGAGAUUUCCACUAUACUGCGAAAUGCUUCAAUUAGUCAGCUCAUGGUCUCACUUCUACCUAAGCAACAAGAACAAGUGGUCGCACCUUCGAAGAAGUCACCGAGAGACGUAUUCGAUCAGGAGACGAGGUCGAUGAUUGUCAAGACAUAUUCGGAAGUGGGAGUAGAUGUUGAGAAGAUCCUCCCUUGCACACCUCUCCAGGAGACAAUGGCGAUAGGGUCCUUGACACCUUCCUCAACAGCUUAUCAAAAUUCAUUACGUUUCCAUGUCCGAGGCGACAUUUCAAGGCUACGUAACGCAUGGACACAAGUUACGUCCAGACACCAAAUUCUCAGAACUGGGUUCAUUUUUCUUGACUCAGCCGAGAGCCCGGUGACGCAGGUCGUCUUACAAAACUUUGCCCUCCCCUGGUUCGUUGAAUCAGCCCCUUCAAACGUCACCCAUGGUUCUCAACCACUUAUGCUUCCGCCAUGGAGUUUGCAACUGUGCAGGCGUGAACCUGGUGAAGCGGACUGCGAGUUGACCCUAAGGAUUCACCAUUGCCUGUAUGACGCAGAAGCUAUGUCGAUACUCUUGAGCGAAGUCCAAGCUAUCUAUGCAGGUCGCCCUUUGACGCGUCCUAUUGCUUUCGAGGGGUACCUCGAUUACAUGGCGGAGUCGAUUUCUGACACUUCUGAUCAGUUCUGGCACCGUAUGCUCAAGAAUAGUGCAGUCUGUAUACUCGGUGAUUAUUUAGAGCCACUGGACAAGUCAGCAGAACCGGAGCCUACUUUUACCAUUUGCAAUCCGUCUCUGAGAGUGAAGGAGCUUCACGAGCAUGCCCGCGAUCUUGCCUCGACCCCUUUGGCAUUGAUUCAAGCUUGCUGGACUCGAUUGUUAUCAUGCAUAUUCGGAAGCCAAGAUGUUCUAUUUGGUAGUGUCCUUAGCGGUCGCAAUUUACCCAUCGACGACAUAGACAGGGUCGUUGCACCUUGUUUCAAUACCGUGCCGAUCCGCGUCAACAUCCGCCGUGAUGCUACGAAUUCCGACUUGGUCCGGAGUCUGCAUAAUACCAACCUUGAAGUGCUGCCAUUCCAGCCAAGUUCACUUCGUCGCAUACAAAGACAGAAUUCGACGAAAGGUGGGGCUCUGUUUGACACGUUGAUAUUGCUGCAGCAAGGACAAACAAAGAUGGAUGAGCACAUCUGGUCUCUUGUCGAAGAGACUGGAGACAUGUCGUUCCCAUUUAUUCUGGAAGUUGUCACGAAUGUCGACACUGAUACAAUAUGCGUGAAGCUCUACUCGGAAGUUGCCAACAAACAGUUCCUCGACCAGCUUCUGGCUGGAUUUGACUGUCUUCUUUCCCAUACUGCAAAAUUUCCUCAAUCGCGCGCUCACGACUUCUCCGUUGUUGUCGACAAACUACCAUCAACAAGAUCCACGGCAACUGUGGUCUCAGACAGUCCGAGAUCGGUGUCAAUGGAGGAAGACCAGGCCCACUUUCCAGAAGAAUAUCUCUCCGACCUAGAGCGCUUGAUCGUGGAUGUUAUGCGCGGACUCAAAUCCGAGUUGCCCGCAUCCGUCCACAGAGAAACUACCAUUUUUCACCUCGGUUUCGAUAGUAUUAAUGCCAUUCAGAUCGCAGCAAGGCUCCGAAGACAAGGCUAUCAUGUUUCAAGCGCGGACAUCCUGGAAAAUGCCAGUAUCAAACGGAUUGCAGCCGUCUGCUGGGCAAGAAGUGGUAAGCACGCCCAUUCAUUAGACUUUGAUCUCGAAGGAUUCGACCGAAAAUAUCGUCAGGGCAUAUGCCGAGAAAAUCACCUUGACGAAUCAAGUAUACAUGCAGUACGACCAUGCACACCAACACAAUCGGGAAUCUUGUCACAGUUUCUCCGUUCAGGCAAAUGCAUGUAUUACAAUUCCAUGUGCUACACACUUAAUGAAGAUGUUAAUGUGUCACGGUUGAAGGCAGCGUGGGCCAAGGCUCAAAGCAUACAUGAGAUGCUGAGGACAGGAUUUGUCGAGACUGAUGACCCGCUGAUACCCUUUGCCAUGGUCACCUACUAUCCUGAAGCAAAUCCUCUUCCGUGGACUGAUGCACGAUCUAUCGCAAAUCCAAGGGCCCUUGAACACACAGAGGACCAGCCAGGCCAGUCAGCCCUGGCCAAGUUACAAUGGCGCAUUGAUUUGACAUCAUACAAUGGCAAUAUGGAGCUCAAUAUAUCGAUGCUGCAUGCUCUCUACGAUGCCCAAUCGCUGGACAUCAUCCUGCAAGACGUCCAAGCCUUGUAUCUGAACCAGCAGCCUCGAGAACCCGUAGCUAUUUCCUCAGUUGUCUCCAAAAUUCUAGCUAUGAGCAGGAGCGAAGAAUCGCAGAAUUUCUGGAAGGAGGUUGCGUUAGACUUGUGUCCAACCCGUUUUCCAGAUAUGAGGGUUUACUUUACCGACAAUGACUCUUUCUGCAACAUUUCUUCUCGCUGUUCCAUACCACGCACAUCAUUUGAGGCUGCCUGUGCUGAUAUCGGAACAAGCAUACAGACUGUCUCUCUUGCUGCCUGGUCGCGACUUCUGUCAGCAUAUACGGCUCAAGACCAUGUCACGUUUGGUAUCAUCCUGUCAGGUCGAGAUUUCGAGCAGGAAUACGAGAACGACGUGGCUUUCCCAUGUGUCAACACUGUUCCUUUUGCCAUCAAAGUAUCACGGGGACCAGGGGAUCUUCUGGAGAGCAUCUCUAAGCGCUCUGCGGCGAUGUUAAGGUACCAGCAAACUCCAAUAAACUCUGUCAAGCGCUGGUCCGGUAUCGAAGAGGAGCUAUUCGACACUGUUCUUGUUGUGCAAAAGUAUGGUUCCAUGAAACGCCCUGCAAGUCCCUGGAACCUCAGCAGGGAGAAGGCUUUGACGGAGUAUGCAGUCUCGCUCGAGAUCAUUCCUACUGAUUCGGAUGUGAACCUCCAGCUCACUUUCCGGCGGAGCAUCCUCCCACCGGAGCAAGGGAGAAUUAUUCUUCAACAAUUCAACGGUAUCGUAGAAGAAAUCUUGGCAUUGGCUUCCAACGAGCAGACGACGCUCUCCAACUCAUUACUGUCGGUCGUCCCUCCGCAAGACCAACGGAUUGCAACAGAAGUAAGAUUCCUGCACGACUUCGUCGAAUCAACAGCCAUUCAAAAACCAAGUAGCGUGGCCCUCGAAUUCAUAACCGGUAUGAAGGAGGACGUCUGUGAAAGCCGAAGUUGGACUUACUCUCAGCUGAACUCUAAUGGCAACCAAAUUGCUCAUCUUCUGCUGAAACACGGCGCUUCAGUGGGAGAGCUCGUGGCUGUGUGCUUCGACAAAUGUCCAGAAGCCUACUUCGCUAUCCUGGGGAUUCAGAAAGCCGGCUGUGGCUAUCUUGCGAUAGACCCAGGGGCUCCCAAGCAGAGAAAAGACUUCAUCCUUCGAGACUCGGAAUGCAAACUCGUGCUCACGAUGAAAGACAACUUGUCCGACUUCGAUGCCUCUGAGGAUGUUCUCGUCCUUGCGCUUGAUAUUGAGGACUGGCAAAGAUUUCCAGUAGAAAAACCCGAGUUGUCAAGAGAACUAAAAGCGCAGGACACGUGCUACUGUCUCUACACCUCUGGAACAACCGGUACGCCAAAAGGAUGCCUGAUCACCCAUGAUAGUGCAGUCCAAGCAAUGCUAGCUUUCCAGCGUAUCUUUCGAGGACGCUGGAGUGAGACAGCUAGGUGGUUACAAUUCGCUUCGUUCCAUUUCGAUGUCAGUGUGCUUGAACAAUACUGGAGCUGGGGUGUCGGUAUCUGCGUCACCUCUGUUCCAAGAGAUCUGCUGUUCGAAGAUCUACCCGGGACCAUUAACUUGCUGAACAUAACUCACCUCGACCUCACCCCAAGUCUUGCACGUUUACUGACCCCUGAAGAUGUGCCAAGUCUGUGCAAGGGUAUCUUCAUUGUUGGUGGGGAGCAAGUCACACGAGAUAUCCUGGAGAUUUGGGGUGAUGCUGGAUGUUUGUACAAUUUCUACGGCCCAAGCGAGGUGACCAUAGGUUGCACUGUGCAUCAAAAUGUUCCCACCAGUGCAAAACCCACCAACAUCGGCCAACAAUGGGACAAUGUGGGCUCAUUUGUACUAGAACCCACUUCACAAAGGCCGGUACUCCGAGGAGCCGUCGGCGAGCUUUGCCUCUCCGGUCCUCUCGUAGGGAAAGGCUACCUCAACAGACCAGAACUCACUGCGGAAAAAUUUGUGGUCCUGAAGGAUUUCACAACGAGAGUAUACCGAACUGGAGAUCUAGUCCGCAUCCUGCACGAUAAUAGCUUCGAGUUCUUGGGCAGGAUAGAUGAUCAGGUCAAGCUUCGAGGUCAGAGACUGGAGAUCGGUGAGAUCAACCAUGUUGCAAUGAGUGCAGACACGACUAUCAAGGAUGUGGUAACUAUGGUAUUGAAGCACCCAGUACAACACAGAGAACAGCUUGUCACCUUCUUCUCUACUGGACAGCGACGUUCUCAAACCUCAAAACCAAGUAUCCAACGGAGCGAGCAAGCCAAAGUCAUUACCACCAAGAUCCAAAAGCACUGUUCCGACAAACUCCCAGGGUAUAUGGUGCCAAACAGUUUUCUGGCAGUCGAUUUCAUUCCACUUUCCGUGAACAACAAGGUUGACAAUAAGGCCCUGAAAGCAAUGUAUGAGGCAAAUCUACCUCAAGGGCAGUCUUCUCCGUCAAUAGAUGCAGGGACGGUUGUCCCUGAGAAUUCGGAAUUGAUGCGUGAGGUGGUAGAAGUACUCGCUGACUUCUUGCGAAUUUCAUCAUCGGUCAUAAAGCCAAACUCUAGAGUCUUCGAGCUCGGCUUGGACUCCGUUUCUGCUAUUGGCUUAUCUCGAGCGUUGAAAAGGAAUGGCUAUCCAACUGCACAUGUGGCUAAGAUUCUGCGCCACCCAACCGUGUCAGAACUAGCUCUCGCCGUCGGUCAAAAACCGUCUUUGGAGCAGAAUUGGUCGGUAUCUGAGGUUCAAAAGCGCAUCGAAGCAUUCUCUCAAACCCAUCUCGAAAGGAUUCGCGACGAGCUCAGAAUCAAGCACGACGACAUCGAGCACAUUGCGCCUUGCACGCCUUUACAAGAGGGCAUGAUAUCCAGAGUCAUCCGCAGUGAUUCUCAGGAUAGUACGUAUCUCACGUGUUUCCGAUUCGAGUUGAAGCCAACCGUUGACAUUGAGCGGCUCACACAAGCAUGGUAUUCAGCAUGCCAAUCAAUCUCAGUUUUGAGGACAUGCUUUGUCUCGACGACCGAUGGAUUCGCACAGGUGGUUCUUCGAACAUGUCCUACCAAGAAGAAAAUCCUUUAUCAUGACAGAACGUCAGAGUUGAACGCAAACGCGUCUGUCAUCCCGAUGUCCCAAGAGUGGGCCUUCUUUGGGACCACACCACCAUGGAAGGUUGACUUGCUCGACCUUGGCAGGACACGACAAAUGGUGUUACAGAUAUUCCAUGGCCUUUAUGAUGGAAUCAGUCUCCCGCUGCUGCUGGAUCAUGUCACCAGUUUAUAUCACAUCCCACAAGAAAGACCUCAGAGCAAAGACUUUUAUGAGUCUUUGGCUAGCGGUCCACUCUCUGAAAUGCCGGACGCAGAGCAAUUCUGGCUCUCACGGUUGACCAAUUUCAAACCGCUGAAACUUCAUCAAAAGCAUUCAGCCAACGGACCUUCAGGAAGACUAGUCUCCGCCGGUGCCCAAGUGUCCCGGCAGAGAGUACAGCAAUUAUCGCAAAACUACAAUGUCACCCCUUCGGCACUCUUCCAGGCUGCAUGGCUGUAUACUUUGCACCGCACAUUCAAAUGUACGCCUUCUAUGGGUGUCGUACUAUCCGGAAGGUCGACCCCUAAUGGCAGCUUUGAAAAUGUAAUUGGUCCCAUGUUCAAUACAGUUCCUUUCGCUGUCUACACUCUUUCAGAGGGUUCCACCAUGCGUGAUCUUGUAACGGCCUGUCACGAUCUAAAUGCCGAGGUGAUGCAAUAUCAAAGUACACCUCUGCGUAAGAUUGCGCAGUAUCUGAGGCAAGAUCCAAGAUUUGGCCUGUUCGACAACUUGUUCGUCUUUCAAGCCCCUCGCCAAACUCAAACAGAUGAUGUUCUAUGGGUUGAACUUGCUGAGGCCAACAGACCAGAUUAUCCCCUUAACAUCGAGGUGACACAGGAGGAAACAGUGUUCAACAUCACUAUCGUUGCAAAUGCAGAUUCUUUGAAUGACAUGGAGACCCAGGAGAUUCUCAGUGACUUCACCAACACCGUUCAAGGCCUGGAGAGAAUAAACCACGUCCUCCCAGAUGCUUUCCGUCAACGAAAACAACGAGAUGCCUGGUCUCCGGUCACAAGAAGCACGGAAGUGGACCAGCCCCGAAGCACCGGAGGAGACGAUAACAUGAACGAGACACAACUAGCAAUUCGUGACCAGCUUGCAGAGAUGGCUAGUGUCGACAAAAACAUCAUCCGUCUUGAAAACCCAUCCAUUUUUGAGCUGGGGCUAGACAGCAUUGAAGCUAUGAAGUUGGUCACUCGUCUCAAGGACGCUGGGAUCCAGAUUGUAGUCAGCGCCAUAAUGCGAUAUCCGACUGUUGCUGGCAUUGCUGAACACUCACGAACCGGAGCGCAAAACCUAGCCUCUCGACCUUCCCAUUCGUCCGCAGGCUUUAUAUCUGUGCUGCAAGACCAGUAUCGACGAAUCUUGGAGCUUCAAGGCGUCAAUCUAGGCAACGUGCAGACUGUUCUACCUGUGACCCCAUUGCAGGAAGGCCUCCUGGCGGAGUCUUCUAAGUAUCUGAAUGUCAUGGUCCUGAAGGUGAGAGCGGAUGUCGACAUUAGGCGAUUAGCCGAGACUUGGAAAUGCGUAUUCCAAGAACAGCCGAUAUUGAGGACUCGUUUUGCGGCCAAUGAGUCGACAGAUGACAAUUCUACAUUCCUUCAGUUUGUGUCGGAGGAAUAUAUUGAUGUGGACAUUGUGGAGAACCAGGAUCCAUCCCAGAUCACUCGGAGGAUCAGAGCUGUAGCGAUGAGUCAGGCUAUCAGCGCGCAGAGAACGAAUGUUCGCAUUGUCGUCAGUAAAGAGAAGGUUGCGUUCAUUGUACUCGCAAUGCCACAUGCACUGUACGAUGCUUGGUCACUGCACCUCUUGCACCAGGAGAUUCUGAAGUCGUAUCGGUCUCACCAGACUAGUCCAACCACUGUUAUGGCUAUUGAACGGCAUCUUGAACAGGGGUUGGAAAGCUCAAGAAGCCCAGAAACUCAGGCAUUCUGGCAAGACAGAGUUUCACGAAUACAUUCAACCUCGAUCAAACACAGCAUCAGCGAUCGGAAUCGAGCCAGUCCGAGCCUUUUGCUGCAGAAGACAUCAAAGAUCAGCCAAGGUUAUGCUCUCCAAUUUUGCAAAAAGCAAAGUAUUACCUUACAAUCCCUUGGCCUUGCUUGUUGGACAAUUAUCCUGUCAUAUUUUUCUUCUCGCCUUGAUGUGAGUUUUGGGCUUGUUUUGUCUGGACGCACGACUGACGAUUCUGCACGUCUCGUGUUUCCAACCUUCAAUACCGUGCUGUUCCGUCACACAAUUGACGAGAAAGCUACUAGAACACAAUUUGUGAAAAGUGUCCAUCACAUGGCUGUACAAAUUUCAGAACACCAGCAUUUCCCUCUACGCAAGAUACUACAAUAUGCUCGACAACAAGGAGCCGGCGGAGAUGUGUUUGAUUCGCUCUUCACGUUUCAGAAACUGCCGGACACUUCAGACGUAAACGAUCAAUUAUAUGACGAAAUUGAAGAUCCCAAUGCCUCAAUUAAUCCGCCUUACCCUGUAAACCUCGAGCUCGAAUGUCGUCAAGGUCAGGCUAUAACAUGGACGCUGGCCUUGCAGGAACAUGUAGCCGACAAGAUCGAAGGUGAAAAUAUCUUGGACCUGCUGGAUAGAAUACUCUCAUCACUCAUGCUAGGUUCAGAUUCACCUAUGCUGGAGAGGAAUGCUGAAGGCUUGUCCAUUUGCGGACUUCCAGAACUCCAUGAUGUGUUUGAACUGCGCAAUGGCAAUUCUCCCCGGUUUGAGACCAUUCGGCUUGAAAAUGUUGAUGACGAUGCUGCCUGGAGCCCACUUGAAACAACGAUCAGGAUGGUUUUGGCCAAGUUGACCCAUACAGACCUCAAGUUGAUCACAAAGAGCACCGGAAUAUUCCAUCUUGGUCUGGACAGCGUCAGUGCCAUCAAGCUCUCGAGCCUCUUGCGGAAGGAAGGAAUCAGACUCCCAGUCAGUGAGAUCGUCAAAGCUCAAACAAUCAAAAACAUGGCGGCGGCAGUUCAGCGUGCGAGACAAGGAGGUACAAUACCAUCUAGUACGACGUCUGAUACAUGGAUAAGUGACGACGAAUCGAGCGCUGUCCGCACUUCCAUCAGCGUACCCUCAAAAGACAUUGAAGAAAUAAUCCCCUGUACUGCUGGGCAGAUUUUCACGCUUGACAUGUGGAACGCAAGUCAAGGCAGACUGUUCUACCCGACAUUCUGGUUGGAAGUAUUCGGGGUCACACCCGAAGAUGUCUUGUCCGCCGUUGAAUCUUUGUCUGAACGAACACCGAUCUUGAGGACUAUCUUCUGCAGUCACAACCGUGAUGGCAAAGUGAGAACUUGGCAGAUUGUCCUCAAAAAAGAUGUGGCGCGCAGUUAUCGCUUUCCUUGGACAUUCAACGUCAAGAAGUUGACCAGCGGAUCGCUCCUAAUCCUCCGGAUCCAUCAUGCGCUCUACGAUGCGGUUAGUUUUCAACUCAUGGCCACCGAACUAGAGAGACUAUGCAAGACUCGGAACUCGCAAUAUCGGGUUCCUGACAAUAUGCUCUACUUCGUCAACGAGACUAGCUUGGCUAUCGAAGGGGCGAGGAAGUUCUGGAGCAGUUAUCUGGACUCUUCGUCACGUUCUCCUCUUACGGGGAGAGGCACUUUCGAUGCUGCCCGAGUCGAGAGAUUCGAAUCUGGUGUCUUGGAGACUGCUGAGCUGACUGACAGGCUCAAACAGCACGGCAUCAGUAUCCAAGCACUCUUCUUUGCCGCCUACGGUAGGCUGUACUCUAGCAUCGGCCUGAGAUCUGAAGAGGAUGAAGACAAGACCCAGGCAUCUUCAGAUGUGAUAAUGGGAAUUUACCUCGCAAACCGAUCUCUGGAGAUCGAAGGAAUAGCCGAACUUGUCGCGCCGACUUUCAAUGUCGUACCCCUGAGGGUUCAUGUCGGCACCAAGGGAACUGUGGAAAUCGCACAACAGGUACAAAGUGACCUUGCGCAUAUAGCGAGCAUGGAGAAUGCCGCUGUAAGCAUGAGGGAAAUAUACCAAUGGACUGGUGUCAAAGUUAACACUUUUGUCAACUUCUUGUCGUUACCUAGUGAUGAUGAUAACAACGACGACGAUGUGGACAGCAAUGCCCAGCGAGUCGAGCAGCAAGUCCAGGUGACGCACGCAAAUGUCGACCCAGAUGCAAGGGAUAAAUUUUCGGAGUUGGACAAUCCUUCGCCAUUUGCGAAUGACAGUGGUUUAGCAUCUCAAGAGGCAGCCAAGUGGUGUUUGCCCGCUGUUGACAUUGAGGCCAAGGUCAUUGAUGGAAAUCUCGGUAUUGGGGUCUUUGCUCCAAACGAUAUGUUGUCGAGUGAUCAAGCUGAGAGGAUCAUUGAUGAAAUGCGAAGAUUGAUGCUUGAUAUUGACUAG